AUCAAACUACGAAUGAACCGAUAACUGAAGAAUCUUCAGAAAAUCUUGAAGUCAACUAUGGAUUGGAAGUGAUACGUCUCAGUGGAUUACCAGCUGCGUAUUCAGAACUCGCUCAGUCGAUCAGUGUACAACCUGACACUGGUGAAUUCAAACUAACCGGACUACGCAGUCAGUCAGAUAUUAAAGAUAUCAGAAGGCGUAUACAAGGCAGAUGUAUAGCUGAAAUCAAGCAGAAGUCAGAUGAUCAGCCAAUAAAACGUUAUGCUAGCCAAUAUUUCUUAGUCAAUGUACCGAAAGAUAUAGAAGCAUUACCAGAUUAUGUAGAUG